AUGGGGAGGAACUUUAGCGUGCUGGAGCUGGGGGAGUUGACGGGAGAGGAGGGCGUGGUGGUUGUGAGGCACGUGGAUGGUGAUGGUGAUGGUGAUGGUGAUGGUGGGGAGAAUGAGCAGCGUGGAGAGGAGGCGAAGCCGGUGGACAGCCUGGAGGGGAUUGCGAUGGGUGUGCCGGCGCCUGGGGCGAGUUUGAAGGUUGUUGAUGAUGGGUUGAAGCUAGCCAGUAAGAAGCCGGUGCGGAUGAAGAAUUGUCAAGACUGGAUCAUAGAUGUCGUGGCGGAGUUGGUACAGAGGGAGAUGCUCCCCACGGCCGCGAAUGACAUUGUGCAGAAUGCUCCGAAGAACUGA